AUGCCUCGCCGCCAGCUUCAGAAGUCCGACCGGAUCAUCAUCAUCGGUGCCGGCGUGUUCGGACUGAGUACAGCCCUUCACCUCGCUCUCCGUGGCUACAAAAAGGUCGUGGUGUUUGACCAGCACGACUACGACGCCACCAAAUAUGACUACCGGUCUGGAGCCGAUUCGGCCUCUUCUGAUUUGAACAAAAUCAUCCGUUCCGCGUACGGCUCGGCGGUCGAAUACCAGGAUCUCUCCAAAGAGGCGAUCGCGUGGUGGACCGCGUGGAAUGACGAGAUUAAGAACGCAGAGGAUCUCCCACCGGGCUUGAGUCCAUCGGACCGGGUGUAUAUCAACAAUGGGACACUGGCUUUCACUGACCAGGACGAACUGCCCACCUUCGAACUCGACACGAUCCGAAACAUGAGGGCCGCAGGUUUGCGUGCAACGCAGCUGAUUACUACCAACCCGGAAGACGUCAUGGCCGCUGACCGCCGGGGUUGGGGGUACGGAAUCGAUCCUUUCCGCCGCAAGGAAAGGAGAAAGGCCAAUGUCGGCGUGCUCGACACUACCGGUGGUGUGAUCGUGGCAGACAAAGCUUGCCGGUUUGCUCUUCACAAGGCCCGAGCGUUGGGGGUCAAGUUCGUGUUCGACGCACGAGCGGGCGCAUUCGAGUCCUACUGGCACGACAAGCACGGAAAGGUGGUGGGUGUAAAGACCCGGGAUGGCCAAAGGCAUCCUGCGGACAAGGUCGUGCUGGCUUGUGGAGGCUGGACGCCGUCCCUCGUGCCUCAGCUCGACGGGCUUUGUGAGACGACGGCGGGCUCCGUCAUCAUGUUGAAGAUCCCGCCAGAAUCGCCGCUCUUUGAUCGGUUCGCUCCCGAGAGGUUUCCCAGCUGGAUGUGGAAGCUGUGGGACGGAGCCGAGGGCGGCUUGUACGGCUUCCCGCGCGAUGAUCGAGGGUGGAUGAAGAUCGGAUACCGGGGCACAAAGUAUACCAACCCACAGAUUCAACCGGAAGGUAAGGUGCGCAGUGUCCCCGUCACCAGGUACACUCCCGGUGAAAAGGUCACGCAAAUUCCGCAGAAGGCCAUGCAAGUGUUCAAGCGCUUCCUGGGCGAGUACCUGCCGGAGCUGGCGGAGCACGGAAUCGGCAUCGAGCUCACGAGGCUCUGUUGGUACACGGAUUCUUUCGACAACCACUACGUGGUCGACGACAUUCCGGGCCAAGACACGGUCAUGGUUGCUACAGGUGGGUGCGGGCAUGCUUUCAAGUAUCUGCCAAACCUAGGGAAGUGGGUCGUUGAUAUCAUGGAGGGAGUCGGCUCGGAGCGGACUCUCAUCCAGCGCUGGCGAUGGAGGGCAUUGCAGGCUGGGGUCAAGCCUUUCAACGUCUUAAUGCAGGGCAGUGGCAGUCCGACUGCCAUCAAGAAUGUUUCAUGGUCGAAAGAUGCCGACCUGAAACCAGGUAGCGGUCCACAUUUGUAG